AUGGGUCGAUCACAGAGAAAGCGAACUUCUCGCAAAUCCUCAGCGCCAACCUCGGAUAUCCAAAUGGGUCUCGACGACAUCCCCUCAACAUUCAUAACCAUCUCUAUUGAUCGUACAAAACUCGAUCCAGAGCAGAGCAACGCAAUAAGCGUGAGGGGACAGACUAGACCGGACGAUAACUACGAUCUUCAUCAUCUGAAGACCAAAGGUCCUGAAGUUUUCAUGAUGAAUUCCACUUGGUCCAAGAAAAUCGAUUCGUUACAUUCUACGUUGACGAGUAAGUUGUAUGAAACUCGAGACCAGAGGCAAGAGAAAUUUCGUUCUUUGAGAUCUGCCGAGAGGACAGAGAGAUGGAAGAAUCUGGUUGGUAGGAUUGCAACUUUGGAUAAAGUGAAUGAUUAUGAUUAUCCUAUUAGGAUUAUAGACAGUACACAGAGAGAAGAAUUGGGUGAUAUGGGCUAUUACGAGUUUUCGGCUUUCUUAUCUACGAAGUAUAACAGGUCGGCGACUGCAUCUACAUAUACAUCCGGAGGUUCAGCUGGAGAUGGAUCGAGAGACGAGCGGCAAAGUAAAUAUAAAACUGAAUAUCGUGAACCACGUGCAGAAAUGCAGAAGGAGGAACAAAGAGGUAGACCGAGAAACAGAGCACCAACGUAG